GUGCCAAAAAGUGAUUGCCGUCCGCGGGAGCGCGCGCAGCCGCUUAAAGCUGCAGCGCUCGUCGGGUGAGAAAGGCGACAUCUCACUGAUUCUGAUCCGCCGGUCCGCGCUGUGCGUUUAUGUCCUUUAUGUCCUGACGAGCCCAGUUGUGUAUGCUAUUAAGACUCGACUGUACACUGUGUUCCUGUUUUCCUCCUAAACAAUAAGUUCAGUUGAAGCAGCCUUUCAACGCCUCUCUCUGUCUCUCGCAAUCAAAGUUGACCCACAAAGGAACCCGCCGUAUUAGUCAGAGGUCCCUUUAGUAUGGUUCGGAGCCGCGGACCUCCAGUAAUAGUAAUAAAUCACACAGCAUUAGUACAUUCAUGUAGUUGUAAAAAGCAUGAUAAUAUAUUAAGUAAUCCAAAGUAUUCAGAAUACGUUACUCUCAUUGAGUAACAUAACGGAAUACGUGACAAAAUACAUUUGGGGGCAUGUAUUCUGUAAUCUGUAGUGGAAUACAUUUUAAAAGUAACCUUCCCAACACUGCCCAUGGACCUCUCGUCCUACGGCAGCUGGCUUAGACUCAUGCUUAUCCCAUGUCUUUCAUUUCUGCUUGAUCAUAGCAAAACAAGCGGCACCUUCCGAAAACAACGAAAAGAAUGUAAAACAUAUGAUGUUUCUCAAAUCUGACCAAGUAUCCACCCCGCAUUCCUACAUUUGACUUUGAAAGUAACCCUUGCUUCCUGCUUGAACCAGAGGGCGUGGAUAGCCGCAGCAGCAGCAAUGAGCAAAUCACAAGAAAGAAGAACAAAUGAAGCGAAUAGAGUUACAUGUUUUGUUUAUGUUUUCACGGACAAUUACUAUGAUAAUUCAGCGCCACUCCAUGUUUUCCAUGAUACCCUGUCGCUUGGUGAUAAUAUCUGCGUUCCUGCUGACCAGAGAAGCUGCUGACGCUCUCCAGGUGAUUGGUGGAAGUGUGACAGUGGAACAAGGAGGCACCGCUAUUUUACCGUGCUAUGUCAUUGAUACCACCGAUGACCUGACACAGAUUACCUGGCAGAGGAGGACGAGAGAAAAACCUCACAAUGACAAUUUGCUAACUGUCCUACCCAGAGAGGGAGCGCAGUUUGUCAAUGGAGGUGAUGAUCGAUUUAAAUAUAUCGGGAAUUUUAACAACAAAAAUGGAACUCUCCAGUUUUCCAAUGUUGCCCUGAAGGAUGAAGGCAGCUACACGUGCAUCUUCACCUUGUUUCCCAGUGGAAAUCAGAAGACUGAGAUACCUCUAAACUUGCUUGUGCCUCCCUUCACAAACAUCAAGGACAAUCUUCCCACUUUGGGCACAGAAGAGGUUUUAUUUGCUACCUGCACGGCUGCUGGAUCGAAGCCUCCUGCAGAGGUGAGGUGGCUCACUGGUGCUUUGAGAGACAAAGUGAGAACAACAACAAACUCCACUCAGUAUGACAACGGGACGACUACCACAGUCAGCUCUCUGUUUGGUGUUCCUACGAGAGAGAUUAACGGUCACCAGGUCCAGUGUGUCAUCAGUGGUGAUUCCCUGUCUACAGAAAAAAGUCUGCCCUUCACCAUACAGGUCUACUUCCCACCCACAGAAGUGAACAUUAGAGCAAUUUCAGAGGACUCGUUUGAGUGUGUGACAGAAGCCAACCCAAAUGCAAAAUUUAUCUGGAGCAGAUCUGGACAGCCUUUGCCACAGCCUGGUGUCAAAGUAGAGGGUGCAAAGCUACAACUGCUGAGUCUGACCUCUGAUCUAAAUGGCCUCUAUCAGUGUGAAGCAUCUAAUGCAUAUGGACGUGAACAUGGUCAGCUCUAUGUGCAUGUUGCAGCAGGAGCAUGUUCUGCUGCUUGGGCCUUAUUUGGUCUUUUGCUUACUCUGAAUGUGAUUGGGGUUGCAGCAUGGUGCUUCUUUAAAUGUGGAUGUUUUCAAAGCUGCGAGAAGUGGCACUAUGAGCCAGUCCACACGGAAUCUUGUGGUUCAAAUUCUAAGUAAUGAGGAGCUAAUUAACACCCUGGCAAAUGCAUGUUCUGGCCAACCUAAUAUUUGUACCAGUGUCCUGCAUCGUACUACUGAUGAAGAAAUGUAUUCACUAUUUCAGAGUGGGAGACCAAAUGCAGUGAACCUCUCCGAUCAGAUAGCUCCUGGUCUCCCAAGGCAGAAGAGCCAAUUUAGGAUUCCAAGAGCCUGUCCUAGCUACCACGGGGCUAGAGGGUGUUUGUUUAUGCAAAUUGGACCAUGUAACUGCAUUUAAAAUCUGCACUGGAGUUUAGCUGUAACUGGGACUCAGACAAAGUAAUGCAGUCAAUAAGGACUGCCUUCCAGACAGUUGUGGAAGGAUGUGGGCUACAGAUUUUGCUGGCAUUCCACACCAAACUAGUUGAGCCAUCAUUUACUUCCAAAGAGACUUUUUAAUGGAGACCUUGUGAAAAAACUGUUUCAUCGGAAGCCAAUUUAUGUCAGACCUGACAAGAUCAUUUUAUGUGAGGACAAUGAAUCAGUAAGCAAACCUGAGUAUUUCAGCAAAUGUAUGUAUGUUCAUAAAAUGAGAGUGCGAAAGGCAAAGAUGGAUUUAAAACUCCCUUAAUUACAUUGUACCCUCACAAUGUCCACUAAUCCUUCUGUCAUUGCUACUGAUGAGGAUGAGUCUUACUCCAUGGAACAUCUGCCACUGUCAGUGACAACUCACAUGGCUUAUCAGUGGGUUCUUCUGCCAGUGUUACUGGUGACACACGUCUUAAGAAUGGUACAUCAUUAUUCUGUUGGUGGGUUAUUGCCAUUGAGACUAGUAUGUUUCUUUCAACAGUAAAUAACUGGAAGGACUUUGCCAUAAAACAUCUAAAAUAACUAUGCUAUGUUACUAUGAAGCUAUGGACCAAUGAAACCAAGAUUAACCAAAAUGAUGGAAGGAGAAAAGUAUAGUAACGAAAAGAAUAGCUCAAGUCACACGUAGUGGAGGCAGUGUUAUGACACGGGCAUGAGUGGCUGCCAGUGGAACCAAGCCUCUACUGUUGUUAAUGAUAUCACUGGUGAUUUGUAAAGUGGGCGAUCUGUUCAGAUUCAGCCAAAUCCAAACGCAAAACUGACUGGACUGAUUUUUUUUUCGGAACUAACAUUUGGUAACUUCUACUAUAAAAAAUAGCACAGUAAAAAAAAAAAAAAGAAAGUUUUUGAGAUGAUUUUUAUUUUAUUUGAUAACAGCAAUGAAAGACAAUGGAUACUUCUAUGCUGGCCAGUUCAUGGCAAUGUCAAUUGCCCAUGGGGGACAGAGUCCAUGUUUCUUGUCUGAACUCUUGUAUGAGUGUCUUCAAAGGGGACAAUGUAAUGUCAACACUGAUCAUAUUACUGAUGAGCAUGUUUUCAUUUGGUCCUUUUGAUUUCAGUGUAAGUCUAUUUUGCUUGUGUCACAUUCUUACUAACUCUUGCCUAUUUUUUCUUGCCCGAGUCCUGCACCUCUCUGGUAAAGAUUAAGCAUAUUAAAGGCUACAAGAAGGAA